AUGCGCCUGUCGUGGCCUAGAGACAAUGACAAUAAGCGAGCUCUUGUGGCAGACUCUGCUCCAGCGGUUCAGAGUCCCAACCGUCGGAACAACCUCUUCGUCAACACAACUUGGCAGGACAUGCAAGUAUACCGUGAUAUAACGCUGCGGGUACAACCAUCUCAUCCCCUGAUUCGAACUAUUCCCAAGUUGUGGAUGCAGCCUCAGCCAUUUUUAGAGCAUACAGACCUGAUCCAACAUUUUCACAACACUGCCUAUCUAUCAUUGGUCACGUUUACCACCGGCAGUGUCCAGAUUCGAGACGCACUUGUACGCAUGGCUCUAGCCCGAGACACAGCCCCGGGCCUCGCUCUCUUCUUUGCAUUGCUCUCUUUUUCUUCGCUCCACCGCAGCGGACUCCACCAGCAGGCCAUUCAACUCAAGAUAUUGGCACUCCAGUAUCUAUCUGCUCCUGUCAAAGGGGGGCGGCUGAGCCUGGUCGAAGCGGCUCAACAUGUAGCUGCAUCGAUGCUUCUCAGCGCUUUUGAGAUUCUACUCCCGUUAGGAAGCUCCAGCGAGUGGCUGUGGUAUGUCUGGGGAGCUAUAGAUAUUGCCCAGGCAACUAGCCUUCAAGAUCGGGCGCACGGAAACGAUAUUCACCACGUUCUUGAUUGGGCCUACUACUACAAUGCGGUUUCUCGGUUUCCCAUAUAUCACUGGCGUCACAAACCGCUACCCCCAGACACCACAGCUGCAAAGUAUCCAAAUACCAAAGACGUCGCACAUCUAUCUUUGACGAGAUACCGACCAGCAUUGCCGUCUCCAAAUCCCACACACGCAAUAUUGAAUUUGCUCUCCGAGUUAUGUGACAAAUUGUACGAUCCAUGGGACCCCAGAAGCCGCGGUGAAGACUACCACAACAGCCUGAGAACACUUGAGAGCAGAGCCGAAAACGUUCUUUCCACGCUAAAUUUGGUCAACUCGGACGCCGAUAUUAUACUUGGCGUAAAAAUAUGGCAGCUGGCCACACGAAUCUACCUCUCACGAGCCUCUCAGAGCCAAUGGGAGUCUACCAUAAACCUGGAAUCUGAGAUUGAAGAGGCUUUUGAUGGGAUUGUCACGGUUUGUUUGUGUAAACAUGCCUUUCCCUUACUUAUUAUGGCCUGCGAGGCAUACACGGAUGAGCGGCGAGCAGCCAUCAUCGAUUUAAUUGACAGGACUGAGAGGGACAGUUUUGUAAGGAAUUUUGGGAAGUUGAGAGAUAUGAUCCAGUCCGUUUGGGUGCAGCAGGAUCUGCAUGCAGAUGGUGAUUUGUUGGUGAAUUACCUUGGCAUCAUAAGCACUGUCAUUAGCUCCAACACUACACUUCCUUUUUUUGUAUAG